AUGUCACCAGUAAAAAGAGAAACCUGGCAGGAAAAAGCUGAAGCAAAGAGGGCAGAAGUCCUCAGCAACAUUCCCCAAGCGUGGGUUCUCGGACCUAAAGAGAUCAAAGAGUUGCGCGCAGACAUAUUAGGUGCACCAGCAAAGCUUCUCACACCAGAAGAAUUGGUUAUUACCGAAAUUGCAACUGCUACCGAACUUUCUAAAAAGCUCGCAAAUGGUGAAUUAAAAUGUUUAGACGUGGCCAAGGCCUUUAUGCACCGCGCCGCUAUAGCUACCCAGUUGACUAACUGUGGAACAGAAAUAUUUUUUGAAAGAGGCAUGGAAAGAGCAAAAUACCUCGACGAUUAUUUCAAAGAAAACAAGAAGCCAAUCGGCCCAUUCCAUGGCCUUCCUAUUUCGAUUAAGGACAGCUUCAAUGUUGAGGGCAUUGAUACUACCCUCGGAUAUACAAAGAGGAUCGGCAAUGCUGUUUGCCUCAAACAAUCUUCUAUGGUUGACAUGCUUCAUGAACUUGGUGCUGUGUUAUACAUUAAAACAAACAUUCCUCAAACCAUGAUGACGGCAGACUCGGAGAACAACAUUUUUGGCAGAACUCUCAACCCCAACAAUCCUGCUCUUACUGCGGGAGGACUGUCUGGAGGUGAAGGUGCCAUCGUAAAACAGAGAGGAUCUAUCCUAGGCGUUGGCACUGACAUUGCUGGAUCUAUUAGAAUUCCCAGUGCAUGUUGCCACACUUACGGAUUUAAGCCGUCCAAUUACAGAUUACCUUACUACACUAAGGACAGCGUGGACGAUUCGUUUUGUUUCCAGAUUGAUGUUAGUUCUGGACCCAUAGCUAAUUCAUUUGAGGACUUGAAGUUUUUUUAUGACACCAUGGUAGAGAAGAAGCCAUGGAAGUACGAUGUCACUUGUUCGCUUCUUCCUCCAAUAAAGGCAGUACCAUCUGAGCAAUUAAGGAUCGGAAUUAUUUACGAAGAUCCUCUGCUUCCAGUGCAUACUCCUGUGAAACACCUGCUUAGAUCAGCUGCAGUGAAGCUAGAGGAAGCUGGCCAUAAGGUGGUUCCUCUUUCUGUUUUCCCUUGCUUCGAAAAUGCAUGGAAGACAGCACUAAGCAUCUACACCAUCAAGGUUGAAGGCGAAUUUGACAGUUUGGAGCCAUUAUUCGAGGCUGAAGAACCAUUGAUCGCGUCGUUGUCUCAGGCUGGUAUCGAACACUAUGUUCCAACUCCUCCAGACACGUUGCGUGAAACAGUAGCUUGUUUGAGAGAAGCACAAUCGUUUUCACAAAAGUGGCACGAUAUUUUCCUCGAGAAUGAGCUUGAUGUAUUGAUUACCCCUCCUGCUCCUUCAACUGCGCCACCACAUGAUACAUAUGGUAUUGCUCCAUACACUGCGAUGUGGAACCUCGUAGAUUACCCGGCUAUCGUUGUUCCUUACGAAAAAGCCGAAAUUGUGGAUGAUGACAAGUUUCCAAGAUUACCUCCUCAUCUUGUGGGAAUUUUUGCCCAUUAUGUCCCAGAAGAUUACAAAGAUGGUUUGACAAGUGUUCAAAUUGUGUCCCCAAAAGGGACUGAUGAGAGUUUGUUAGCUGCAGCUGAGCUCAUCGAUAAAGUGUUGAAUGAACGCAAGUAG